AUGGAUCGCAUAUUUUUACUCUCAGAAUUUGACCGCCUGGUUAAUGAGGGCCUGGUCUUGUACGGCGACAACCAGACCGUCGUACGCGAAGAGGAUGGCGGCUUCACUUUCCAAUUCGUCCUCACCGCAGCUCUCAGCAAGAAGCCAACAGCGGCUACCGCAGGGAAGCAACAAACCGAGGAACUCGUGGAAACGAGCGUGCGCCGCCCCGGCAGCGACAUCGACACCCGUGGCUAUGAGAUUGGCGACGUCGGCGCUUCCCACGUCCUGGCCGUCAACAAAUUCUGCUACGCGCGGCCGCACUACUUGCUGCUGACCAAGGACGGCUACCGGCGGCAGUAUGAGCGGCUCGACCGAUCCGACCUCGCCGCCGCCUGCACGCUGCUCUCCAGCCCGGGCAACGACAACCUGGCCAUGUUUUUCAACUGCGGCAAAGGGGCGGGAUACAGCCGGCUGCACAAGCACAUGCAACUGAUGCCGAUGCCUCCCCAUACCUUGGCUUCUUUUUUGGACUCGGCGGACGACGCGGCGCCGGAAAUUCCCUUCCGCUGGUUUUACCACCGAUUCGCAGAUUCUGGCCUGGCCUCGGCGGACCACGUUGUCGAUGCCUAUCAGAGGUUGCUGAAGCAAGCCACCGCGGCGGCUGAGACAUGCCAGGAGUACGACACGGACGACUUUCCUGGAGCUGUCUGCUCCCACAACAUCGUCAUGACUGCAAGGUGGAUCGUUGUGAUCCCACGCCGUCGACCUGCUGUCCGUGCCGAGUCGGGAGCAAAUGCCAUGGGAAUGCUGGGAUACAUAGCUGUAUCGUCGCAAGCUGAGAUUGACAACUGGACAGACCAAGGACUCUGCAGCCUGCUUCGUCAACUGGGCGUCCCCAAGUAA